AUGCAUUUCGCAUACCCACCACGAAAGAGCUCGAACCCGCCUCCCUUCAAGGCGAGAUCCUCGAGGAUACCACCGGUCCUUCGACGCAGCAGGCUGAAGGUCAUCGCGGCAGGCGCCCUUUUAUUCUUGGGCUUCAUAUACCUUCUCUCAGGGGCCUUCAAGUCGCCCCGUGGCCCUCGAGUACCUUCUGGCGACCCACCCGUGGUAAUAGUGACAGUGCUGGAUGAGGUGAAAUUCAGCAAUACCUAUCUGGCAAGCAUUCGCGACAACAGGAAACAAUAUGCGCAGUUACACGGCUACGAGGUGAUGUUUGUCAAGGCGGGCGAUUACAAUCUGAACGGUUCUCCAGCAUCAUGGAACAAAGUGGUAUCGCUGAGGCAUGCAAUGACAACGUUCCCAGAAGCCAGAUGGUUCUGGUACCUCGACCAAGACGCCUACAUUAUGGACCCAGAGACGACCCUGGAAAACUUGCUGUUGAAGUCAGAGAGACUCGAUGCUUUGAUGGCUAGGGAUCACCCGGUUGUGCCUCCCGACAGCAUCAUCAAAACGUUCCCUCACCUAAGGGGCGACGAUAUCGAUUUCGUUGUUACUCAAGACAGAGAAGGUCUAUCUUCAAGCAGCUUCUGCAUCCGUAAUGGCGAGUGGGCGAAGUUCUUCAUCGACACCUGGUUUGAUCCGCUGUACCGCAGCUACAACUUCCAGAAGGCCGAGGGGCAUGCUUUGGAACACAUCGUUCAGUGGCAUCCCACCAUCCUUUCCAAACUUGCCAUUGUGCCGCAGAGGAUAUUCAACUCCUACAAUCGAUACGAAAAGGGGGAGAUUUACAAGGAGGGACAUUUUGUUGUCCGGGCAGCCGGCUGUACCGAGUCUGGAGAGCGGGCCUGUGACGAGGAGCUGAGCAGUUUCAAGCCGAAGUGGCAAGCGGCCUUCAAGGCGCAGUAG